AGCAUAUAUAUCAAGACGUUCUGAAGCUCAAAUAAUAUUAGAAAAAUAUAAAUAUGUUAAAGUGGACGGCAUCAGCGCAGAAGCUGAAUCAGCUUACACCAAAUAUCCGAACGGCCACCACAUCGAUACGAACACCACAUCCAUUAGCGGAGGCCAAGCGUCGACGCCGACGUGCAACCAUUUGUAACAAGGAGAACAUACCAUAUACGUCAACUCCAAUGGUGGAGAGAGAGCGUAAUAGUCCGCUGUUACUUUCUCCAUUAACGGAUAUUUUGAAUGUCACACCAAAAGACAUGUCGCCUUUAAUGGAGCGUACACCAGGACGAAUUCGAGUCACAAGCACGAGUGUAGCUAGUCGCCCACUGCCAAAUCGACGACAUUCAACAGUGGGUCUUUUUCUACAUCCGGCACCGACUUACGCAUCUACUUUGCCAUGUUUCGAGGAAGAAUAUUCGCCGAGUACCGCGCUGCCGACCGGACAACAAGUAGCUCUAAGGGGACUACUGCCGGAUCCCUUUAUUAGCAAUUUGCGUUACUUCAACACACCCGAGUUGGCGAAACGGAAACAAAAACAGGACUUAGAGAAACUAAAGGCCGCCAGAAAAUCAUUACCUAGAAAACUGGAAACAGAUUUUGCGGAGAUCGCGAAGGAAUGUGGCGAGGAAAAGUUAACGAAGCACAUAAAGAACGAGUCAGACUCGGCCGGUAUGAGUGACCAAACUCUGGAUAAGCUAAUUGAUGCUAUUUUAGACUCGGCGCGAAAGGAUGAGAAGAAGAAGGUGAAACCACGCAAAUCUUUUAACCUGCGUCGUCGUACGCUACUCAAAAAUCAAGCCGAACAAAAAGUCAGUGAAUUGGUUCUUUCCCCAUCCUAUGCUGCAGGCGAGGAUCCAGCGAGUGAUCUCAGCUUUAUCUUCGUUGACCAGCGGCCAAAGCAAGUGAUGAAAACAGCGAACGCCACCAAAUCACCACUUACUCCAGCGCCAGUAACGCCUCCGCCAGGCACACCAAUAUCCACUGAUAUUCUCCAAAAAAUGCCCACACCCGCAUCUACAAGUAUUUCGACAACCGUUGCUAACUCUGCAUACCAACAUCAUUACCUAAGCAGAGAACGACUGGACAACACCUUUCAGUUGGAGACGCCCGUGCGACUACCGUUGCAAAGAAAGCGGCAACGGCGUAAAACAUUAGCAGCGCCAAUCGGCAGUACGAAACGUUUGAAAACUGGAGGCACCAACUACUUCGAGGUGGGAUUGGCGUUGCCUUCAAUCUAUGUCUAAUAUUGUUGCAGCUGUUGCUGUUGUUGUUGUACGAAUUUAUUUCUGUUUAAGAUUCGACUUUUUGUUAAUUUGUUGACAAACUAGGGGAAAUGCUCACUUAUUACGCUUUUAGAUUUUAAGAAACUUAUUUAUUUUUAGUACUUAGCUAAAUUAUGUAUUAAAUGUUUACUUUUAAGUUAUAUUAUUUGUUUAAUGAGUUGUCAUACAUCAUCAUCAGCGGUCUGAAAAUGCAUCAUCACCGUUCUCAACAUAUUGGUGACAC